AUGGCCCACCUCCAGCUCACGGCGCUCGCCGGCGGCGCCGACGACGAGAUGGAGGAGGUCGCGCUGCUGGGCUCCUACGACGAGGAGGCCGGGGUGGGGACGGAGGGGGAGGACCAGGCGGAGGCCGGCAUGCGCCGGGUGCAGGUGCGCGUCACCGGCAUGACGUGCUCCGCGUGCACGGGCGCCGUCGAGGCCGCGCUCUCCGCCCGCCGCGGCGUGCGCCGCGCUGCCGUGUCGCUGCUCCAGAACCGCGCCCACGUCGUCUUCGACCCCGCGCUCGCCAAGGACGAUGACAUUGUAGAAGCAAUAGAAGAUGCUGGGUUCGAAGCAGAAAUUCUUCCCGACUCUACUGUUUCUCAGCCAAAAUCGCAGAAGACUUUGUCAGGCCAAUUUAGGAUAGGGGGAAUGACUUGUGCUGCAUGUGUGAACUCGGUUGAGGGGAUCUUAAAAAAAUUGCCAGGUGUAAAAAGAGCAGUUGUUGCAUUAGCAACCUCAUUGGGCGAAGUUGAAUAUGAUCCUUCUGCCAUUAGCAAAGAUGAAAUUGUUCAGGCCAUUGAGGAUGCUGGUUUUGAUGCUGCGCUGUUGCGAAGUAGCGAGCAAGACAAGGUCUUAUUAAGUGUCACGGGGUUGCAUUUUGAGGGAGAUGUAGAUGUAUUGCAUGAUAUCCUGAAAAAAAUGGAAGGGUUGCGACAGUUUGGUGUAAAUUUUGCAAACUCAGAAGUUGACAUUGUAUUUGACCCUGAAGUAGUUGGUUUGAGACAGAUUGUAGAUACCAUCGAGAUGGAAAGCAACAAUAGACUGAAAGCACAUGUACAGAAUCCAUAUAUACGAGCUGCUUCAAAUGAUGCACAGGAGGCCUCUAAGAUGCUUCAUCUUCUUCGCUUUAGUUUAUUCCUAAGUAUUCCUGUAUAUUUCAUCCGCAUGGUAUGCCCUCGCAUACCUCUGAUUAGUUCAUUCCUACUCAUGCACUUUGGGCCAUUUCGUAUAGGAGAUCUGUUGAAGUGGAUUCUGGUGACCAUGGUACAGUUUGUUGUUGGCAAACGAUUCUAUGUUGCAGCUUAUAGGGCCCUAAGACAUGGCUCUACAAAUAUGGAUGUCUUAGUUGUUAUUGGCACUACUGCUUCAUAUGUCUACUCUGUUUGUGCACUUCUUUAUGGGGCAUUCACUGGAUUUCAUCCUCCAAUAUAUUUUGAGACGAGUGCAAUGAUAAUUACAUUUGUGCUAUUUGGGAAGUAUCUUGAGGUGCUUGCAAAAGGAAAGACAUCAGAUGCUAUCAAGAAGCUUGUAGAGCUUGCUCCUGCUACAGCUCUUCUACUUCUGAAGGACAAAGAGGGAAAAUAUUCAGGAGAGAAGGAAAUUGACGCGUCGUUGGUACAACCUGGUGAUGCCUUAAAAGUGCUUCCUGGUUCAAAGGUUCCUGCAGAUGGUAUCGUCAUUUGGGGUACAAGUCAUGUCAAUGAGAGUAUGGUAACUGGUGAAUCUGUACCAAUCUCCAAGGAAGUAUCCAGUCUAGUAAUUGGAGGCACAAUGAACUUGCAUGGUAUUCUUCAUAUACAAGCGACUAAAGUAGGAUCUGGGACAGUUUUGAGCCAGAUAAUUUCUCUUGUUGAAACUGCCCAGAUGUCUAAGGCCCCUAUUCAGAAGUUUGCUGAUUAUGUAGCUAGCAUUUUCGUUCCUAUUGUCAUCACCCUGUCCUUCUUGACAUUUCUUGCAUGGUUUCUAUGUGGAUGGUUGGGAGCAUAUCCAAACUCAUGGUCUGCUGAAAGUAGCAAUUGCUUUGUUUUCUCCCUCAUGUUCUCCAUAUCUGUUGUGGUGAUUGCUUGUCCAUGUGCUCUUGGUCUGGCAACCCCAACUGCUGUUAUGGUAGCAACUGGAGUUGGGGCUAGUCACGGAGUACUUGUAAAGGGCGGAGAUGCCCUGGAGAGAGCUCAGAAUGUGAAAUAUGUUAUUUUCGACAAGACCGGAACACUGACCCAAGGAAAGGCUACUGUAACAACAGCAAAGAUUUUUUCAGGAAUGGAUCUGGGGGACUUUCUCACAUUGGUAGCAUCUGCAGAGGCAAGCAGCGAGCAUCCACUUGCAAAAGCUAUCUUGGAUUAUGCAUUUCAUUUCCAUUUCUUCGGCAAACUUCCCUCAGCAAAAGACAACAUUAAUAGAAGAAAAGAAGAGAUACUUUCUCAGUGGCUUCUGGAAGUCGCGGACUUUUCUGCCCUGCCUGGCAAAGGGAUUCAAUGUUGGAUCAAUGGGAAGAAAAUUUUGGUAGGGAAUCGAGCAUUGAUAACUGAAAAUGGGGUAAACAUUCCUGAAGAAGCUGAAUGUUUCUUGGUAGACAUGGAGCUGAAUGCAAAAACUGGUAUUCUCGUAGCAUACGAUGGUGACUUCAUUGGCUUGAUUGGGAUAACCGAUCCUUUGAAAAGGGAGGCUGCUGUGGUUAUACAAGGUCUAAAAAAGAUGGGUGUUCAUCCAGUUAUGGUCACUGGGGACAACUGGAGGACUGCACGAGCAGUUGCAAAGGAGGUUGGCAUUGACGACGUGAGAGCCGAGGUUAUGCCAGCCGGAAAAGCCGAUGUAAUCCGCUCUCUGCAAAAGGAUGGCAGUGUUGUCGCAAUGGUCGGAGAUGGCAUCAACGAUUCGCCUGCCCUGGUUGCAGCUGAUGUCGGUAUGGCCAUCGGUGCAGGCACUGACAUUGCUAUUGAGGCGGCUGACUAUGUGCUCGUUCGGAACAACCUGGAGGAUGUGAUCACAGCUAUUGACCUCUCAAGGAAGACAUUCAGCCGGAUCCGGUGGAACUACUUCUUUGCCAUGGCGUACAACGUGAUCGCCAUCCCCGUGGCUGCUGGCGCGCUGUUUCCCUUCACCGGUCUCCAGAUGCCACCUUGGCUGGCUGGCGCGUGCAUGGCAUUCUCGUCCGUCAGCGUGGUGUGUUCGUCGCUGCUGCUGAGGAGGUAUAGGAAACCGAGGCUCACCACCGUGCUUCAGAUAACAGUGGAAUAG